GAGAGCAUUUUAAUGGCCAUAAUAAACCGGCCGCCCGCCGCGGAAGCGAUGGGGGGACACGGUCCCUACAGAUGGAGGAGUCACCGUGCAAGUCAGAGACAGCGAGACGAUCGGGCUCCAAUAGGCGCACCGCGGGUGGAAGCCGCUUCUGUAAGCUCAUUGUGAGCUUCAGCCGAGGACUUUUUCAGGGAAGCCACCGUCGGCGGUAUGACUUGCUUUGGGACGCAGAAGUCCUCAGUGCGCAAGCGCCGCGUUGCGUCACCGCCUUCUACCUGAGAGGAGCACACCUGGGUCCAACAAAACGGAAGUUUAGUGAAGUCAGAGCGAAACUUUCUGUCUCUUCGACCAGCGUUUGAUUUUCCUGGAACUGAAGCGGCAAACUAAAAAAAAAAAGCCAAACCAGGAUGUCGUUCAGUGGAUUUUCAGAAAACUUUUUAAGGGAUUGCCAAAUGUAAUCUUCAACGACUCAUGCUCAAUCUCAGGCCAAAUCCUGCCAGGGCUCCUUUAAAAAAGAAUGACAGCUCUUCACAGAGUUCUCCGGAGGAAAUUACACCCGCUCACAUUUUUGGCGGUGGCCCUGGUGUUUGUGACAUUUUUGUUUUUCAUACAAUGGGAAGUUGGGAUCCAGAGCCAACAGGAUGACCCUUGGCUGAAGGAGAUGGCAGUGAAGCGGGACACCGUGUUUGGGAUGGUGAUGGGAGCUGUCAAUAAUUUAAGGGAUGCAGUGCCAAAGAUGCAGAUCAAAGCUCCGGUACGGCAGCAGGGCGAAGCAGGCAGGGCCUCCUGUCUGCCGGGUCACUACUCAGCUGCCGAGCUCAGACCGGCUCUGGAGAGGCCGUCCCAGAACCCCUUUUCUCCUGGAGCUGCUGGGAAGCCUUUUCACACGGACUCCCUGAGCCCAGAAGAGAAGAAUGAAAAGGACAGGGGGGAAAAGAAGCACUGCUUUAACGUUUACGCAAGCGACCGCAUCUCUUUAAGCAGAGACCUGGGGGCAGAUACAAGACCACCAGAAUGCGUCGCGCAAACCUUCAAGAGAUGCCCCCCCUUGCCCACCACCAGUGUGAUUAUUGUGUUUCACAAUGAAGCUUGGAGCACUCUGCUUAGGACGGUGUACAGUGUCCUCCACACCUCCCCCGCCAUUCUCCUCAAGGAGAUCAUUCUUGUGGAUGAUGCCAGCGUGGACGAUGUCCUGAAGGAUGAGCUGGAUGAGUAUUUGAAGAGGCUGGGCAUUGUCCGAGUGGUCCGCCAGCGAGAAAGGAAAGGCCUCAUAACCGCUCGGCUGCUGGGUGCCUCUGUGGCCACCGGUGACACGCUCACAUUUCUUGACGCCCAUUGUGAAUGCUUUCAUGGAUGGUUGGAGCCUCUGUUGGCGAGGAUAGCUGAGAACUACACUGCCGUAGUGAGCCCUGAUAUCACCACCAUUGAUCUCAACACAUUUGAGUUCAUAAAACCGUCCCCGUUUGGACAGAAUCACAACCGAGGGAACUUUGAUUGGGCUCUUUCUUUUGGCUGGGAGAGUUUACCGGAUCACGAGAAACAAAGGAGGAAGGAUGAAACGUAUCCCAUUAGGACUCCCGCAUUUGCUGGCGGCCUGUUUUCCAUCUCCAAAGGCUAUUUCUACCACAUUGGAAGCUACGACGAAGAAAUGGAAAUCUGGGGUGGUGAAAAUAUUGAAAUGUCAUUCCGGGUGUGGCAGUGUGGCGGACAGCUGGAGAUCAUCCCUUGCUCCAUUGUCGGCCACGUUUUCCGCACCAAAAGCCCCCACACCUUCCCCAAAGGCACUCAGGUGAUCGCUCGAAACCAGGUACGACUGGCCGAGGUCUGGAUGGAUGAGUACAAGGAGCUCUUUUACCGACGUAACCAGCAAGCUGCACAGAUCGCCAAAGAUGGAGCUUUUGGUGACAUCUCCAAACGCACAGACCUCCGAGAGCGGCUGCAGUGCAAAAACUUCUCGUGGUAUUUGAAUAACGUUUAUCCAGAAGUCUUCAUGCCUGAUCUCAACCCAGUCCACUUUGGCUCGGUUAAAAAUGUGGGCAGAGACUCAUGCCUGGAUGCUGGCGAGAGCAACGAGGGUGGGAAACCGCUGAUUAUGUACCCAUGUCAUGGACUAGGAGGAAAUCAGUAUUUUGAGUACUCCACACGUCACGAGAUUAGACACAACAUUCAGAAGGAGCUGUGUUUGCACGGCUCGGACGCGGCUGUGAGCUUGGAGGACUGCCAGUAUAAAGGCAGGAAUACGUUCGUAGGUGCAGAACAGAAAUGGGGAUUGAAGGAUAACCAGUUACUUCAUUUGAUAGGAUGGAACUUGUGUCUGAGUGCUCGCCAUGAGCACCCCUCUUUGACUCACUGCAACCCCUCCGACAAAUACCAGCACUGGACCUUCAUCUGAGUGUGCGAAGCACGUCUUCACGAAAAUCUACUUUGUAUACACGAGCGUACGAGGACAUGCGUAUUCCAAUAUGCAUGCAGGGGUUUUUUAGAUUAAUAACCACAUAGAUUUUUUUAUUUAUUUUUAUACGUAACUACUGCUGCUUGGAAACCGGUCUUUGGAAGAAACCGUCGUGUGCCCCUGCUGCAAGGAAGCACACAGUUCUUGUAGAAAUUAAGAUGCACAUCAAAACAAGUGCCUCUUUUUUGUUUUAGAUGUCUUCUUUCCUUUGAGUCAAAAAAUAAUGCAGUAUCAGUUAUUUCAAACCCAUUUAAUGAGAAUUUGAUAUGAAUUUUAUGGAAAAUGCCAAAAGAACAAGAGACGCACCAAAAACACAAAUAUUAGGAUACGUGUGCUUUUUUUUUCUUUGUCAGUAUAACAUGUUUUAUUUGGGACCAUCCAGUGUUUAGGAUGUUUUAUUUAUGGUUUGGGGAAUGGACGUGGCAGAGGUUGGGUGAUUUCAGAUUUCGGAUCAAACUGUUCAAAUACAUUAAUUUUUAGGUUAUUUUAAAAAGUCUCGGGAGAACAGAAUGGAUCGUUUUUGUCGGUUUGGAUUAAAAUGUUGAGGUGCUGGUGUCUAACCCAAAUUUAAUAAGAAAAUAAGAAAAAGAACUCAACAUCUUUAAGUAUAAUUGAAACCUCUACCUUUCUGUGUUUAGAUAAUAAAAAAAUAAUACUUUUAAAGUUUAUUCCAUCCAAGUAUCUCAUCAAACACCUCAAACUCUCUCUGUGUGCAUCUUGGCACGAGUCAACAAAUGAAUUUCUGGUGCAGGCACUAGUGAUUAGAUGGCUGUGAAAUGUUCUUUGUGUGUAUUCUUUAUGACUGGCUGGAGAUCAGAUUCAAUGAAUGUGUUUGCUUUUCUCAAUGGAAACCAUUUUGUUAGAAUGCCAUGAUUCUGAGAUGCUGAGUCCAAUAAAUUCUCUUGAGUUUCA